AUGAUACACUUCCACCUCUCCAAACCUCAGCGAUUGAUGGUCAUCAUCGGUAUAUCGUUUUCGUUCUUCUUAGCUGAAAUCGGAGUUGGGUUCUAUACAAAGUCACUGGCGCUGGUAGCUGAUGCCUUCCACUACUUGAAUGAUCUGGUUGGGUUCAUUGUGGCCUUCGUCGCAUUCAAGAUCUCAGAGCGCAGUCACUCUCCCAAGGAGCUCUCCUUUGGGUGGCAGAGAGCCAAUCUCCUGGGAGGGUUCUUCAAUGGAGUCUUCCUGCUCGCGCUGGGCGUUAGUAUCUUUUUGCAGGCGGUUGAGAGAUUCGUCGAUCUGAAGCGCGUCGAGAACCCCAAGCUUGUCUUGAUUGUGGGAUGUGUUGGUUUUGGUCUUAAUGUCAUCAGCGCUGCUUUCCUGCAUGAACACGAUCAUGACGUCCACCAGGCGGUUAAUCAGAGUAUUGGCGCAAUCAAUGACGUGGAUAUGGCUGCGAUGAAUGCUGGACAUAGUCACAGCACCCACCGCCAUGAAGAUACCACCAGGUCUACCAAGAAAGGACAUGAUCAUGAUCUGGGCAUGAUGGGUGUCUUGUUGCACGUUAUUGGCGAUGCCGCCAACAAUGUCGGUGUCAUCAUUGCUGCUGCUGUCAUCUGGAAGGCCAAGUAUCCCGCGCGGUUCUACGCCGAUCCAGCUGUGAGUAUGGCAAUUGCAUUGAUGAUUCUGUUCUCUGCGAUUCCGUUAGUCAAGAAGACUGGCGCGAUCCUCAUGCAAACUGUUCCUCGAGGCUUGGAUCCCAAUGAUGUGAAACAUGACAUUGAAACUAUCGAUGGCGUACUGGCAGUGCAUGAACUGCAUAUCUGGCGCUUGAACCAGCAAAAAGCCGUGGCUUCGGCUCAUAUCGUUGUGUCUGACAAGGCAAUGGCUGAUUUCAUGAAUCUUGCUACCACAAUCAAAGAGUGCUUCCAUGCUUACGGCGUCCACUCGGCCACUCUUCAACCAGAGCUGCUGGCGCCAACCCAAAGCGCUUCCGGCGUCGAGAGUCAACCACCAUUCGCACCGACAGACCACUUGUCCACCAGUAGCAACGAUGUGCCUCCGUCUGUCCCAGAUGCUCUACUACUCUCACACCAUAACCCGUUCUUUAUCGAUAUUACGGCCAUCCAUACGGCAGCGUCUUAUAUGAAGCCUGAAAGAGGUGGAUCGACUGGCGUUGGUAAUAUCACCGUCAUGGCUUCCAUCUUUACCUACCAAGACGAACCCCCUCGGAUACAUUCACCAUGGUCCACACCGGGAACCUCUACUCCGCAGCCUUCGCAGAAUGUAGAAACUGCCAUUGGGGAGAAGUCGCAGGGUGAACACAAGUUCAUUGCCCCUACCGUUGAAAAACUCGAACCGGAAAGGCAGGAUGGUCCCACAGAGUACAAGUUACACCUGCUUCUGCGCCCAAGGCGCAAGGCUGUUUCGAACGAGUCCACGGCUACGGCUUCAGACCUGGAUCCGGCGAGCUCACAUGCACCAAAUAGGCCAACAUAUGGUUCAGGCGACUCGACCUUGGAACGCCCUUUAGGCCAGCCAUCUGGACAAGCCCGUCAACUCAGGCUACAGCAGCUAACAACGCAGCUGCUGUGGAGACUCCAGCAGUCAUCCCCUUUUCAUUCCUCUUCGAAUGGGGAUCUGGUCUUGCCGGUGCUUCCUGAAGAAGCUACAGGGUCAGGCGGGCCCGGGAGGCCAUCCAGGCUCCUGCCAGGGUUGGAAGAAAGUCAAGGCGCGCUAUAUGAAAUCGGUGUGGCUGAUGACGGAACACUGGUUGGCCUUACGGGCGAAGAGCUGCAGGAGAGCCUAAGCAACCUUGAGACUAUGGCUGCCAGUCUAGGUUGCACCACCAGCGUGCUUCGGAGAGUUUCAGUAGGACCUUAUGAAAUGCUGGGUUCUCAAGCUUGCUCAGAAAAGGACUGCUUGCAAGAAGACAGACUUUGGGUUGCGGAAGUCUUAGUUUUCCCAGACUCGCGGAUGUCCACAAGUUUAGACAAGCCAAGGAAGACUCUCGAAACCGGUGAGAGCAUUUCGGAAGAGAUCGAUAAUCAAGUAGUCGAGGGGGCGUCAACGGAGCAGCUUCGGGUCACACUGGUUGGGGCUGCUGCGUCUGGCAAGUCUACUCUCCUUGGGACACUCUCGACGUCUACUCUUGACAAUGGUCGCGGGAAAAGCCGCUUGUCAUUGCUGAAGCAUCGACACGAGAUCGCUUCCGGGGUUACAAGUUCGGUCGCACAAGAACUUAUCGGCUACCAGACCAAUCGAGCAUGCCAACAAUCUGUCAUCAACUACGCUUCGGGCAAUGUUUCUUCUUGGACCGACAUGCACAAUCUAGCAGAUCGCUUGGUCUUCUUGUCCGAUUCUCCCGGCCAGCCUCGAUUCGCAAAGUCAACCUUUCGCAGCGUAAUAUCUUGGAAGCCAAGCUGGACUGUUCUCUGCGUUGCAGCAGAUGAUAACGAGGGCAAUAAGAGCCACUUUGGCGACACUAUUUCCACUAACAUAGGUUCCGCAGACCACAAAGGAGCAACGCAAGUUGAUUUUUCACUAUGCCAUCUUGACCUAUGUCUGCGAUUAGAUCUACCUCUCAUCAUAGUCAUAACCAAGAUGGAUCUCGCAAAUAAGACUGGUCUUCGUUCGGUUUUGACCAAGUUACUUUCUGCCCUGAAAGCUGCUGGAAAGUCACCUAUGGUAUUAGGCAACAGCCUGGGCGCAAUUGCAGUGCCCGAGGUUGGUGGCUUCGCACCAGAACUGCAGUCCAUUCCUGAUCAGGAUCAGACCGAGGCCGACCAACUUGUAGCAUCGAUGGAAGAUGGCAGCACCAGGAAAAAGGUUCCUAUUUUGAUGACCAGUGCAGUUACAGGGCAAGGGAUCGCCAAAGUACAUGCGCUGCUACGCUCCGUCCCUAUUACAGGUCUCGGUGACAGGGUGUCGACUCGUCCACACACUGUUCCCAGCAUUUCAACUCUUUUCCAAGUCGAUGAGGUCUUUAGCAUACCGCCUUCGCGGGUAUACACCUUGGAUACACAUGUUGGUCACAGGAACCCAGGUGUAGUUCUCUGCGGGCUGGUUGCUCAAGGCAAAGUCUCUGUAGGAGACGUGCUGGAUCUUGGGCCAUUUGUGAUCGAUCAGGACCAAAACUCUCCGCGGGCAUUCAGGCUGAUGUUGAAGUCAAAAUCCUACAGCAAUGAAGCUUCCUCGAUUCCAAAAGGGGCGAAUAUCGUUGCACGCUCGUACCAAGAAAGCCCGAGGAUGUCUGUCAGCGCUACUCGGCUGACACCAAUAUAUGUGCGGGUAAAGGUGGCUUCACUUCGUAGUCUUCGACUUCCAGUUACUCAAAUGCGUCAUGGAGAAACUGGAACCAUUGGAGUUGUACCAAUCGACGGUGGAAGUGAUCUCGUGGAUCUGCAAAAGGCUCGCAAAGGUAUGGUGUUGAUGGGCGUUGAAGGGCGACCUUCUGGGUAUCGGUCUUUCUCUGCCACUUUCUCGUCCGCUGACUUUGCAAAUCCAAAUCUUCCUUCACUGAUACUAGGCGGCCACGCUAUUGUAUAUGCCAACACUGUUCGUGCAGCAGUGAAGGUAGUGGCCAUGGCUACAAACGAAGGAGAGCAAAGAGAUGCGUUCGAUACUGCGCGGCAAGAGGUGGAGGUGUUCUCCUUUGACGGCGACGAUACUAUUGAAGGUUCGAACACAUUUGUGUCUGAGAAGCCAGAGGAAGUUGAGAUAUCUUUUCAAUUUGUAAGCACCGUGGAGUGGAUGAACGCUGGGGACUCGAUUUUCGUUGUUCCCACCGUCACAGCCCCUGGCCCUGUAACGGGAGCUGCGGCGCCGAAUCCGUCAGGAUUAUCUGGGUUUUCUGGUAAGGUCACCGAGGUGUCGAGUUGA